AUGGGCUAUUUAAGCUACCUAUACCGCCAGUUUUUCGAUCAUCCUCCUCCAAUUCCGUUAUCCACCUCCCUCAAAGGCCAAACGGUUCUCGUUACAGGUGCCAACUCUGGUAUUGGGCUUGAAGCUGCUCGGCAAUGCGUCAGGCUUGACGCCAGCCUUGUCAUUCUUGCUGUCAGAUCCAAAGACAAAGGGGAGGCAGCAAAGGAGGAUAUCCUGAAGUCCAAUUCGGGUUCACAGAGCCUUGUCGAAGUAUGGCUUCUUGAUUUAGAAUCUUUCAAAUCAGUGAUCGCAUUUGGGAAACGCGCACAAGAGCUUCCUCGACUCGACGUUGCUAUGUUGAAUGCCGGGGUCUUCAAGUUUGAGUGGGGCACCUCCCCUGCCGGUGUCGAGUCCUCGCUUCAAACCAAUCACCUCUCAACUGCUCUACUAUCGUUAUUACUUCUACCAGUUCUCCGAACAACAUCACAUGUUCGGAAGAGCCCACCGCGACUAACCUUCAGUUCUUCAGAGGUGCAUAUGUGGACCUCUUUCAAGGAAAAAAAGGCAGACAAUAUCCUGGAGCAUUUGAAUGACAAGCAGCACUGCAAAGAUUUCAUGGAUCGUUAUUGUGUUUCAAAGCUUCUCAAUGUCUUCUGGGUCCUUGAGCUGGUGGCAAAUGUCUCCAGAGUUGAUGUAACAAUCAAUCUUGUGAAUCCAGGUUCGGUAGAUACAGGGCUUCACAGAGAUAAUAAGAUCUUCCAAGUUGUCGACCGAAUCGUUGGAAGGACCUCAGAUGAAGGAGGAAGACUCUUGAUUGAUGCUGCGGUGGUGAAGGGUUCUGAAACUCAUGGCAAGUACUUGAGUGAGGCUAGAUUAGUGGAAGUUUCUGCAUUCGUUCGAAGUGAAGAAGGUGCUAAGAUACAGAAGAAAUUGUGGAGCGAGACUCGAGAAAUGCUUGGGAAGCACUUACCGGCUGGUGAAGUGGCGAGAGCUUUCAGCAAUUGCAACAGGUCGUGGCCUUGCAACCAUUGCUUGAGCCGCAAGUCGCCACAGUUAUGUCGCUUCGGUGUCGGCAAAUCCAGCGUCCAGCAACUUACUUCCCAGAGCAAUGUCGAUAAUUCUAGACAGGAGCAACUCGGCAGAACAGAAGCGGAACACGUGAACAUCGACUCAUCUAACACCGUUGUAGAAGCUAUGCUAACUGAAAAGAGUGCUACUGCCGAAUCUUCAAGUUCAACAGUUCCACAUAAUCCACAAAGCACCACAGAGCAAAUUCUCCAACAGUUUCCCAAACGAAGCAUAGUAGACUUCUUGGUUCAGCAUUUCUUGUCAGAUGUAAAUUGGUUGUAUGAGGAAGUCCAUGUGCCCAGCUUUCUCGAACGCUAUAAUUCCUGGUGGGAGCAAACUCAAUACCAAGCCGAAGUGGAUCUCCAAUUUGGAAUCUUAAUCCUGCGCAUGUGUGUCAAUGCAUUACAGUUUUUACCACAUUCCAAUGGGCCAGACCAAAGCGAAAUAGGUGAUGGAAUUCGGUUAGAUGGUUUGGAAAAUACUUACAAUGAUGCUGCUUCCAAACUCGAUAACUACCUACCAAGAAAGUUCUCACUGUUGAGAGUUCAGCAGCUUUUGCUUCACAUUGUAAUAUUACUCAAUGACGGGAAUGCCAAGGAGAGCCAUCAGAUUCUCGGUGAAGCCAUCAAAGAAGCCCAAGAUGUUGAGCUCUUUCUGGAAUCAAAAUGGACUGGUCUCUCCGAGUUUGACAAGGAGGAGAGGAGGAAGUUCUGGGCCCUGACUCCGAGAUUCAGAUUCUACUGCACCUUCCUUGGAAGAUGGCCGCUCAUCCCAGAGCAUUACCAUGCAGUCUCUUUCCCAAGCGAGACACCAUACUCUAUUUCAUCUACAGAAAAUGCACCAACUCAAUUCUCUGAUGUGAUACUGAACUUCAAACUGUCGCACUACAUGGCUUCAUUUAUGAGCGCACCAGGCAAAGAGUCAGAACGAACAGAUCCCUACAUCAUCGCUGCCCACGCCAAAGAGUUCGAGUCAAAAUUUGUCAGCACUUUGCCUCCUUGUUUUCGGCUAGAAAAUCCGGAUAGGUCUUGGGAUAUGACUCUUCCGACGUUGCCCAUGAAGAGGUUGUGGAUCUACAUCCUUCUUCAUGGCACCAUGGAAGCAAUGCACAAGUGUUUCGUUGGUCCAUUGACUAUCCCAUCGAUCAGUUCCUAUGUUAGACAGUGGAAAGAGGAUAAGGAUAGAGCGAGUCUUGUCCUAAAGCAUCGCCAUACACUCGCCAAUGCCUGCAUAAAUUCACUCAAAGCAACGAAGGAGCUACACACGCUUAUGGGCGGUGGGCCACAUCCGUAUUUCGUGCUUUCUAUAGCAGCAGUCGAAGCGCCAGCCAUGCUAGGAAUGAUGAUGAUUUCAGAUCUUCUCAUAACGACCUCUCGUAUCGGCCACCAAGACGUUCCCCUCCUCGAACAAGGCUUACUUGACAGUUGCUACCAAUACUUCCAAGACGGGUUCAAAUUGCUCCAAUUACUCGCACAAAGAAGUGUGUUGGCACAAAAGGGGAUUAGGAUUCUAGAAGGAUUGAACAGAAGGAUUCAUAGCCUGAAGGAUCUUGAAAAUCCCAAGACAGUUGGAAGGGAGGAUUUCCGUGAUAGCUUACCUGUAGACUCCAAUAACAACAACAAACGUCAUUCUAUGUCAGAAGAUCACUAUAGUAUGAGUGAAAUUCUAUCCAGCGUUGAUAAUGUUGGAAGUAAUUUUGGAUAUGCAGAUAGCCAGAUAAUUGAUGUUGAAGAUGUCCUUCAACCAUCUUUUAUGGAGUUGGAGUGGGAGAGUAUCUCUACUGGGAAUGAUUUCUGUUGGUUUUUUGAGGACUGGAAUGGUAUUGAAGCCGUAGGUCAGUUUGAGGGGACUUCAUUUGCGUAG